AUGAUGCCGCAACAUCUCCGCAAUAUCGCCCUCACUAUCGAGUUCUUCGCGGUCCUUGCGCGAUGUGCACAUCUCAACUACACUGGGGAGGCUGUUACAACUCGCUUCUGGGACUGUUGUAAACCGUCUUGUGGUUGGAAUGGGAAGGCACAGUUCUCGAGACCGGUAGAAUCGUGUACGGCCGACGACAAGCCUACGGAUAUCGCCGCCGGUACUGGUUGCAACGGCGGUAGUGCGUUUCAGUGCUCCAACCAGCAGCCAUGGGCCAUCAACGACACUCUGUCAUAUGGCUAUGCUGGUGUCUACAUCACACCAGAUCUCACACAUGGAGGUAUCGAGGACGCCUGGUGUUGCGCAUGCUAUCAACUCAACUUCACCAGUGAGCCUUUGAUCGGCAAGAGCAUGAUUGUACAAGCCUCGAAUACCGCCUACGAUGUAACCAACGCGAAUCGGUUUUCACUUGCAGUCCCCGGUGGUAACACAACGUCAACGAAUGCAUGCGCCCAGCAAUAUGGCGUAUCUCAAUCUGUCUUUGGUGAAAACAUGGCGGGUGUCAAAUCCAUUGACGACUGCCAAAAUCUACCCGAAAACCUAAGAGCCGGUUGCGAAUGGCGCUUUGAUUGGUUCAAAGACGCAUCAUUUCCAAGUGCAAACUUCAAACGCGUGGUCUGUCCUUCGGAAAUUACAGCCAAGACAAACUGUAUCCGUAAUGACGAUAAAGUGCUUGCAGGCGAGGCGUCUUCCGCUCAGAGCCUCACGCCUAGCUCUUCCACUAUGGCUUUCUUCGCCGUCAUCAUACUAGGUUUAAUAUCGAUAUAG